CCCCCCCCCGGGGGUGAGAUUAUUAUGAUAUGCUGUUUUUCUGGAAUCAGAAUGGGGUUGCUUAAUACUAUAUCCAGUCCAACUAGGUGAAGAGAAAGCAAAUGAUUAGAGUGUUUUCUUUUUUUUAAAGUAACUCCCAUUUGAGGUUAGAUUAAACUUACAGAGUAAUAUAUUUUUCCUUCGGAAAUGGGAGAAACUUUCUUAGAAGUUCAGUGACUCUUCAAUUGAUGGUCAACAUUGUUCGCAAAUAAGUAGAGGUCAGUCAACUCAAAUUUUUUCCACAAUGGCGGCGUCUCAGUAAGAAAGUUUGAUGAACAGUUGUUUUCCAAUUAUUAUGACGGUAUACUCUCUUCAGUAUAGUGUUUUUCUGCGCAAAUUCAAGAAGCUGACCUCCUCGCAUCACCACUUUGGUGGAAACAGGACGAGCAACAAAUUAGGUUAUGCUUCUCUCUCUCCAAUUUUCUUUGUUAGCUAAGGGCACAGAGAAUUUAUCCAUGGAUUCUGUUGUUCCUUUGAUAGGCAUUGUUUGCAGCUCAUGCAAAAGUAUAGCUACGAGGAUUAGUGAUGUUGUUAAUUUGAAUCGCCGAGUUCAUUCUCUUACAAGUGCACUAAAGGAAUUGAAAGACAGAAGGGAUGACUUAAAGAGAGAGGUUGAUCGUGCUGAAUUGGAGGGAUUGACUUGCACAACCCGAGUCAAAGGAUGGCUAGAAAGAGUAGAAGAAGUUGAAACUAAAGCAAACUUGAUCACAGCUGAUCUCAGACACAGAAAUCAAUGCUUUGGGUGCUUUCUUGCAAAUUCUUGUUUAAAAUACAAGCUGAGCAAGAAAGUUUCAACAUUGAAAACAGAAAUUGAUCAACUUAUAGAGAAAUCAGAUUUCAAUGUUGUCGUAGCAGAUGUGUUGGUUCCUGAAGCAGUUCAGGAGAUUCCUAGUAGGCCUGCAGUUGGUCUAAAUAUGAUGUUGGAGCGGGUUCAACAAUUUCUUGCUGAAGAGAAAGUUGGAACUAUUGGAAUUUAUGGAAUGGGAGGUGUAGGAAAGACAACCCUCUUGAAGAUUAUUAACAACGAGUUUCUUACGAAAUCACACCAUUAUGAUAUUGUGAUAUGGGCUGUGGUCUCAAAGGAUUUUGUUGCUGAUAAGAUCCAACAAGCUGUUGGGGCCAGGUUAGGCUUAUCUUGGGAAGAAACUGAAAGUCAGGAACAACGGGCAUUGAAAAUUUAUAGGGCUAUGAGAAGGAAAAAGUUUCUCCUCUUAUUUGAUGAUGUUUGGCAAGCGAUUGAUCUUCAAAACAUUGGAAUUCCUCUGCCACACAAGGGAAACAAAUGCAAGGUAAUAUUUACAACACGUUCAUUGGAUGUCUGCAGUGACAUGGAUGCUCAUCAGAAGCUGAAACUGGAAUUCUUGGGGGAGGAUGACUCAUGGCAGCUCUUCUGUGACAAGGUAGGAGGAAAGAAGAUUUUGGAGUCGCAGCCUAUUCAAUCUUAUGCUGGGACCAUUGUCAGAAAAUGUGGAGGCCUGCCGCUAGCCUUAAUCACUAUUGGAAAAGCCAUGGCAAAUAAAGAUACUGAAGAAGAAUGGAAAUAUGCAAUAGAGGUAUUAAAUAAGUCUCCAUCUGAACUUCGAGGUAUGGAAGAUGUAUUUACUCUACUAAAAUUCAGCUAUGACAAUUUAGAGACUGAUACAUUGAGAUCAUGCUUCUUAUAUUGUUCUCUCUAUCCUGAAGACUACUCUAUUGAUAAAGAGCAGCUAAUAGAAUACUGGAUAGGGGAAGGGUUUCUAGACGACUCUCACAAUAGUAAUGUGCAUAAUAAAGGACAUGCUAUUAUUGGAUCUUUGAAAGUUGCAUGCCUAUUAGAAACAGGUGAUCAAGAGAAAACCCAAGUAAAGAUGCACGAUGUUGUUAGAAGUUUUGCCUUGUGGAUUGCAAAUGAAAGUGGAUUAAACAACUGCCUAUUUCUAGUAGAGGCCAAUACAGGGCUGUCUACAGCCCCAGGAGCUGAAAUGUGGAGAGGAGCGCAAAGAGUUUCAUUGAUGGACAAUGGAAUCACAACACUAGAAGAGGCCCCUGAAAGCACCAAUUUAUUAACAUUGCUGCUACAAUAUAACAGUGGCCUGAGCAAAAUCCCAGAUGCAUUUUUCCAGUUUAUGCCUUCUCUAAAAGUUUUGGAUUUGUCAUUUACCAGUCUUAGAGAGAUACCUUCCACUAUCAAUAAAUUAGUUGAGUUACAACACCUUGAUUUGUCAGGAACAAAGAUAACUGCAUUGCCUGAACAGCUUGGAGAUCUGGCAAAGUUGAAGCAUUUGGAUCUACAACGUACAAAUUCUCUCCGGAAAAUUCCACAGCAGUCUGUCUCAGGCCUUCUGCAUUUAAGAGUCCUCAAUUUAUAUUACAGUUAUGGAGGUUGGGAGGAUCAUAAUUCUGAAGGUGUGAAUGAAGUUGGGUUUGCAGACUUGGAAUGCUUGAAGCACCUGACAACAGUUGGUAUCACUGUCAAUGAAUUAGAGACCCUGAAAAGGCUUGAUAAUUUCAGCAGUUUACUUAAAUGCAUACAGUAUUUGUACAUAAAAGAGUGCGUAGGGUUAUUUUAUUUACAAAUAUCAUCAAAUUCCAAUUUUGGCAGAAGGUUGAGAAGGCUUAGCAUCAAUAACUGCUAUGACUUGAAGUGCUUGGCAAUUGAUAAAGAGGCUGGGGACAGCUGGCUUCCUAGCCUGGAAGUUCUUGCUCUGCAUGGCCUUCCCAGCUUAAUAAUUGUCUGGAAGAAUCUUGUAACUCGAGAAUGCCUGCGAAAUCUUCGUUCUGUAAAUAUUUGGCAUUGUCAUAAGUUGAAGAACGUUUCAUGGGUUUUACAACUUCCAAAGCUGGAAGUUAUUUAUCUGAUGUACUGCGAAGAAAUGGAAGAAAUCAUCAGCAGGGAUGUCAUACCUAGAGAAGAUUCAAAGGAAUUUCCAAGCCUUAGAACUCUUUCAAUCCGAAACCUUCCAAAUCUGAGGAGUAUAAGUCAAUGGGCAUUAUCUUUUCCAUUCCUAGAAAGUAUUGCUGUGAUCGAUUGUCCAAAGUUGAAAUGGCUACCAAUCAAAAUUCAUAAUGUCUCAUCUUUGCCAACAGUGUAUGGAAGCAAGGACUGGUGGGAUGGACUUGAGUGGAAUGAAAGCAUCAGUGGACCUGCUAUACUUCCAAAGUUCAUGUCCAUCUGAAACAUAUACAGUUGUGGUUUUUAAAGGUAAAUAACUAACCAUGGUACUGAGAAGUUGAAUAAUCCAACAAGAAAUUCCAGGCAUGUUUAGAAUGUAGAUGACAAAUAUUCUGCUCUGAAUUGGGUCCUAAGGAGAGGGAACAUGUACAGUUUACUGGUGGCGAUUCAUCUAGAAAAACACUUCUUUAAUACAUCCUUAAUUAGAAGGCAUCUGAUGCAUUUCUAUAGGCCACGUACGCUGCUCCUUGUCAUAAACCAACAGGUUUAAACAAUUAUUAUCAGAUAUAUAAUUACCAGAAUCUUUUUACUCUAGAGCUAUAUCCCCUUUUCACUUACGAAUUAGGGGAAGUUUUUUUUUAUUAUCAUGUAAGAGUUUUAUACUGAAAAACAUAUGAAUUGCUCUAAUUAGUUUCUU